AUGAAGGGAUUAUUGGGGGUAUUAUUCCUAUGUAUAAGCGUGGUAUCGUUAUUUAUUGAUAAACAUGCAUUAAUGGAUAAAUUAACUGUACAAGAAAUCAAUUUUUUAUACCGUGAUCCAUUAAUUACCCAUAAAAUACAUAUUGAAGUGACCAAACUCGUGAAGAAAAAGAAUAAAGAUGUAAAGCCUGUUGUUCUAGGGGAGAUACAUGCUGGUCUUUUUGGAUACACAGUACCGUUUACUGUAAAUAAUUUUAUUCACUUGGCAAAUCAAACGUAUGGGUACGGAUAUGAUAACAAAACGUUAUUCCACCGAGUAAUCAAGGAUUUUAUGGUUCAAACAGGCGAUUAUCAGUUUGGGGAAGGAUAUGGAGGACAUUCUAUUUACAAUCAUGAGGGGAAGUUUAGGGACGAAAAUUUUAAGAUUAAGCAUGAUAAGUUAGGUCGGAUGUCCAUGGCUAAUGGGGGACCCAAUACCAACGGAGGCCAAUUUUUCAUUACGACGGCUGAGAAAUGUUCGUGGUUAGAUGGGAAACAUGUUGUUUUUGGCCAAAUUAUUAAUGGAUACGACACGUUGGACCUCUUAAAUAGUGCUAGAACAAACAAGAAUGAUAGACCUAGAGAAGAACUCGUAAUGUCUAAAAUUACCAUAGAGACGUUAGACGAAAAUUAUCUUGGAGAUAUUGAUUUGUCCAAAGUAAAUAAUAUCGGGUACGAUGAAGUAGUUCAAGAAUCAUCCAUUGGCUACACGUUUAUAUCAUUGUUUAUGCUUUGUUUGGCACUUGGAAUGCUUUACAGAAGAUGGUAUUACAAGAGACAAGCUUUUUCUGAUGUAAAAGAUUCUGAUUUCUACUAG